UUUUUUGCAGUCAGGGUUGUCUUUCCAGUUGCAGUUUCAUUCGUCACUAUUUCUUUUAUUAUUCAUAAAGCAUGGUCCUCUUGUUUUCCAGUGCGCGUGCGCUUCGUUCUUUUGACCCUUACGAGUACCCGUAGGAAAACACGACUGAAUGAAGAUGUCCUUAAAGAAGCUGGUGUCGCUGUGUGCCGCUGCUGCUCCGGGACUGACGGCAGGAAUGAGCGAGGCGAAGAAGAGGAGCUCCCAGCCGCUUCUGGACCUGAAUGAGUUGCCGUCUCUGUACACCGUCCCUGAAUCCAAGCCUCUAGAGGCGGAGCGGGAGGCGGGGCCGCUGGAGCAGACUGUGGCGCUGCUGAGGAAGUGGGCGGAGCCAUACACAAACCACUGUCAGCAAAGUGUGCAGACAGGAGUGGAAAAAGCUGAGCAGGCCUACGGGACGGUGGAGCCUUACAUCCACGCCGCCGUGAGGACGGCCACAGACACGUACCGGUUCCUGAGUGAGCCCCCCCCUGACCUGUACCCCGGCGUGGCGGUGGUGGGAUUCUCCGGCUUCCUGGGACUUUACCUCGCCAAAGGCUCCCGGCUGAAGCGGCUGCUGUUCCCGGUCGGACUGAUGGCUCUGAGCGCCUCCAUGUUUCACCCCCAGCAGGCCGCCGCCUUGUUGAAGACGGGUCGGGACUCGGCGCUCACUUGGGCUGAACAGGGCCGCGUUACCGUGGAAACGCUGUGGAAGGAUCCACCGUUCAGCAAGAAAAAGCUGAAGAGUUCGGAGAAGACAGAAAAAGAGAACGACAGGAGCGGCUGAAGGACCAACACCGGCGCCGGGACCACCGCACUGCUGCAUUAUGGGAGGAGAGGCCCUCACAUUCACAUCAUUCCUGAAGUCUCAGCUCCUCCUUCUCCUCCUUUGCUUUUAGUUGAAGUUUCUUUCUGCAGAAAUCCUCUGCAUUGCUCCUCCUCUGUGUUCAGGAGCAAAGAUGGAGGAGGAGCAGCAGAACCUCCAGCUUUGUGUCAGUGCACUGCAAAAACCAAAUCUUCAAGUAAAAAGAGAAAAUGUACCUUAUAAUCUGUCUUUCAAGAAAAAUAAUCUUAUCAAGAAAGUUUUCCUAAAGCAAAAUAAUCUUUAAGAAAACAUGUCCUAGAAAUAUUUUUCUUAAAAUAGGAAUUCUUGAUAAGACCCCUCUUUGCAGAUAUUCUGCUUAUUUCAAACAAGUUUUUAAAUUUGAAACAUGUAUGACUUAUUUUUGGGGCCUUGUUUUUGCAGUGGGAACACAACACAGAAUCCUAAAUUUAAAAAAAGACCAAAUCUGUCUCUGCAUUAAAUAUGUCGUAAACAGCCCGCUGUGAGCAGUUUAUCCCGAAAUAUUUCCCUUUAAACCACAACUUGAUGGUAAAGAUCUGUUUCUGCUUUAAAAAAAGCAAAAAUGUUUGACUCUAGAAGCUAAAUAUGCUGCAAGAGUCUUUAUUUGAACCACUUGUUAGCUGCAUAGUAUUUUUACAGGAAAACUGUUAUGUUUAUUUUAACGAUGUCAGAACCCGGCUGACAGAGGAGACCACACAGAUUCCCCCUGAGGUCAGUGCAUGACAGACGCAGAGAAGCUCUGGGGUUUCUGGGUCCUCCAUGAUCGCGGAUCCGCUGUUCUGCUCGUCCCACAACGUCCUGAAAGGACGGAACAAAGGGCUCACAAAAAGAGGCCCGUCGGUGCUGCAGAAGUCUCAUUUUCAUUUUAAAUCACUGCUACACUUUGUUCUUCAUCAGAGGAAUCGGGCAGCAGAGGACUUUGUGUUGAACCGACCUGACAUGAGACUGCAGUGAUGCUGCAUGCUCACUUCCUGUCUGUUUCUUUAGAAACAUUCAGAUGAAAAUAUUUCUGAGAACCUGGAAUUGUCAUAAAAGUGCAGCAGGAGGUGGUUCAGCUCUGCAGUCAGCUUCUUCCUCUUUCCGCUCCUGCUGUGAGAUGUGAGAACGGGAGGGUGUUUUACUCUGCCAUGGACUGCUGGACGGUCCAGGAUGAACCCGGCCUUCAGGUCCACCUCAGCUCCUCACACCCUCACCAGAAAUGACGUGAAUCCUCUACUUGUUUUUGUCAGAAACAGACCAGAAGUUUCUCAAAUUGCUGACAUUUCAAGUUUUAAAAUCGCUGGUUCGUUACUUAUUUGAACGGGUUCAUUUGUCAGAAACGAUUGUCGAUUUAAUCCCAUUUUGUGUUGAUUUAUUACCACGGAAUUCAAACGGUGCGACGCCUCGUCACACCUGCACGACGUGGAACCAGCUGCCAAAGAGGAAGAAAUCCCCACCGUGACAGAGAGAGGCUUGGAGAAACAUGCACUCCUGAGGAUGAAGCAGACUUUACUCCUUCAAAACACACUUAUCGGGUUUUCAAACAGUGAAAGUAUUCAGGAAUGAAAUCAAACUCAAAUGAAAUCAGUGCAUAUGCUUCUGUCCUUUUCCUGAUGGAGACCGGUUGAUGCUGAAAAGUUCUCAAAAACCUUUGAGAAUGAGAGAGAUGCACAUCAAGUAGAAGUGAUCAGAGGAGGAAGACUCCUUCAGGUUCUCUGGAUCUCCUUCCAGAAGCUCCUCAUAAGCAGCCGCUGCAUCCUGAGGAGGUCUCUGCAGGUCCUUGACCCCUCAGGUCAGCUUCAGGUUUCUAGUCCAUCCUCUUCUCCUCCAUGGUGUAACGUCCAGAAUCUUCCAUCCAUUUCCUGUCAUCUUUCAUGAGUUCUUUACUUGAAUGGAUCCGGCUACUUUAUUGUCGUUUCAGAAUGAGUGUGUGAACAUUUACAGGCUGUUGUGUAAGGCUGGAGCACCAAAGGAGUCAUGGAGAGGUUUUUAACUCCAGUGAGCAGAUUUAGUGAGCAGCUUGUUAAUUUUAUUUAUUGUAUUACUUUAUUGUUUAAUUCAUUUUAUUCUUUCUCUAUUGUAUCAAAUUGUUUCUGACUUUAUUUGAUUUUAUGGUUGCCAAAUCCUCCUUUCUUCAAGCACCAGUUUAAUGGCUAGUAGUUCGUUGUCCCUUAUGUUGUAGUUUUUAAAGAUGAGGUCAGUUUGCUGGAGUAGGAAGCACAUAACUGUUAUCAGAGACAGGAAAUGAUGAGAGCACAGAACCCACAGCAGAGUCUGAUGCGUCCACUUCUACAUCAAAUGGAUUUUCAGGGUCAGUUUGGGUCAGAAUUGGUGCAGAAGAGAACUUGUUAUGAGAGAACUGAAUGUUUCAGAGACCUAAAUGUAUCCAAGAAAGCGGAUUAAAGGAGAGUGGAGCUCACAUUUUUCUGCUUUAAGAGUUCUCCAGCAAAAGCUGCAAAAUAAAUCAGACAUGAUGAACGUAGUCAGACUGAUAUCUGGGGAAAAUCAAGAUCAAGCUUUCCAAAAACAAAGCUGUAGAAAAAGCCAUGAAGAACAUUGUUCACCAUGACUUAACAGACCGUGGGGGCGUCAGCUUGACAGAACUGCAGAACCAAGCAUUUCAAAUGUGGAAAGCCGUCUUCCACUCAUUUUCUUCUCUGAUCCUCAGGUGGACAUGAGCAUUGAUCCAGCUUUAUGGUUGCAAUGCUCAUCUUUUCAUGUAUAAAAGUCCAAAUAUUUGGCAGAACACCGUAGGGAAUCGAACCCUAACCUGUUAGAGCAGGCAUACCAUUAUCAGUGUCUUUAUGUUUUUGGACCAAACAUGAAAGGAACCUAGGAUAGCCUUGUGCUUCAACCAACUUUCAGCUAACUGGACUGUCUCCACCCCGUCCACGUCCUCCCCUGAGUCCAGACUGAAAUGGUGAAAAUUCUAACUGAACCGUUUCAGAAAGCUGCAUAGCUCCUAGUCUGAGUUUGUUCCUGCUGUGAAAAGGACCCACUCUCCCAACACCACUCCUUCCAGAACAGUCUAGAUGCCAUUCUAAGGCUGCUGAAGUCAAACCUCUGUGUGUGGCUGCCCAAAGCAGUUAUGUCCAUCAAAGUUACAAACAGAAUCAGAGGUGAAGCCAUGGAGCUCAUUUGGUCUGACCCCAAAAGAAAACAUGGUGGAAGUAACAGCCAUUACAAACUAGUCCCUCCUCCAGUUCUGGCUCCAGGCUGAGGCCCAGGUCAAUCUUGUUGGGAGGAUGAAUUUUAUCCUUUAAUAAAAUGUUGUUUGUUUGAAUCGCCCUUAGUCUGGCCCGUCCCCCAGGAGCAGUUUACCAUGAAACAGCCCAACAGGGCAAAUGCGUCUAACAACACCACUCCUGGGGUCAUUCGGGCACGCAAACCCCUCCACCACGAUAAGGUGGCGAUUCAGGGAGGGGAAUUCAUCAGUCACUAGCCAAUUACUAAGAAUUACUGUGGGGAAACCGAAGUCCUCGGAGAAAACCCACAGGACUGCCAGGAUUUGUUGGACGUAUUUCCAUAUAAAUUUGGUGACUGAUAAUUUAUUUUAUUGAAUCAAAUUGAAUGUUUUUAUUUUAAUAAUUUGUUUAUUCUUGUUAUAAAGGUCACUGAAUAUUUACUAAUAUAUUUGUAAAAGUGGGGGGGACCGAAGUGCUCGGAGAAAACCCACGCAGACGUGGUCCUGUCAGCAAACGAUGUUAACCAACAGACCAACGUGCUGCCCCUGUUUUUGAAGCUCAUUUGGGGAUUUUUCCACAGAGUGAGGAGAGACUUUUAGGGAGGAAGAGUUUCUUCUUGGGUUUGGAGGUACAGACCUGGCAGUCAGUGGCCGAAUUGUUGAGGAACUUUGAAAUGUUAAAUCUGUAGGGGACCUUUUUUUAAUGCUGGGGGUGGGGGGUGGGGGGUGGGGGUUGCACCAGGUUCUUUAAGAUGGCGUUCCUUAUGCUUGAGAGAAAAUCUUCUAAGAUUUAUUUUUCCUUUUUAGCUGCUGCCUCCAUUUGCCAACUCUUGUCAGGGUCCUGGCUCUGUUGGUCAAUAUUUUUUUAAAUUCUUGAGGCAGCUGGAGCUUUUCUUUUUCCAGCUUUCUGCUGGCAUGUUUUUUGGGAUUGUGGGAGAAACCGAAAGACUCGGAGAAAACCCAUACAUUGCAGGCCUAAAGCUUAAAUCUGUUUUCAUCCAAACAAAUGUGUCUUCAAUUCAAAAUGUAUCAACCCUCAAUAGAAAAUUUGAAUUUGGAGUAGCUCAUCAUCCAAGGUUCUUUGGUGCUUGUUGUCAUUUAUUUCAGCCAAUUGAAAAAAUCUUGCUCAUUAAAAAGGUCUGUCAAGACAAGAAGUCAUCCAUUCAUCUUGUUCUUGGAGGCAUUUCUGGAUGGCAGUGUGGAUGUUGUUUAGAAAGAUUUGAUUUCCUUGUAAUGUUAAAGUUAUUCCAUCAGGUCUAUACAUUUUGUCAUCAUCAGGUGACAAAUCUUGAUGCUCCACUACAUCGAACCGGUCCGUAUACCCCUUCAUAAUGUCGUUGACUAAUGUCCAGCUUUUAUCCUUCUGAAAAAGAUGAUCUAAUUUCCCACUUUUCCUUGGAAGGAUGAGGGACAAAACUAUUCUCAUUUGAGGGUACGUUUGUCUCAGAAGCCUCAGGUCUUUUAACAUUUGAUUUGCGAUCUGUAUUGGAGGCAUUCGUCCCAAUUCUUUUCCUGCAGCUUGGAUAACUAAAAUUUCAGGGGGACCAUCUUCUUUGGAGAUUGUGUGAUGAAGGUUAUCAACAACGUCCUUCCAGCCCACGUGUCUAAUUCCAAUCCACUUAACAUUAGCAUCAAGAUCCAAGUUUUGUCCAAAAAGAUGUUUAGCUGCAGGCUGUGCCCGUGAAAUAUAAGUUGACCCAACGAUCCAGACAUCAGGCGGUCUGGUGACUUUGGGUGUUUCCAUUGGUGAGCUGUUUGUUGAAAAGCUGAGGUCAGGGGAGCUUGAUGUGUCCUCUUCCCUCUUCUCAGGCUGGAUUUCUGUCUCAAAUGGUGGUAGACCAGCAAAAAGGCUUUUAAAAUCUGAUUAGGCUUUGGGUUGUCAGACUGGAUUGGCCCAGAUGUAGAAGGGACACGAAGACAUGACUGAGGCUGGUCGUUGCUGCCAACGUGGAGAACCAAAAAGUCUGGGGAACUCCUUUGUUGGGACAACUGGCUAUAAAAAUGCUUAAGAACAUCCCUCCAGCGCAUGCUGACUUUUCCCAUCCAAUGGAUUUUUGCAUCGACGCCAAGGUUUUGUCCAUAGCAUCGAUUAGCUGUAUAUUCUGCCCCAGUGAUGUAGUGACCCGACCCAAUGAUCCAGACCGUGGGCACUUUUCUGUCCUCUGACAGCAGCUGUCUUUGGGUGCUGUCUAAUGGGGACUUUACGUCUGAUUGAUCUUCUGGAUUGUCCUGAAUUUGAUGCAUUUUUCUCAAAAUAGAAUCAAAAGUGGAAAUCCUGUGUUUUUAAAAUGACAGUGUUUCUUCUCCGUAAAACGUGGUUUCACAAGUGAAGCUCUUCAGCAUGAAAGACCAAGUGAUGCACUUUUGGUUUUAGGUCCUAUUUAUGAAAGUACUUCAGAUGAUGUCAUAAACAUCAUCAUCAUUUAAUGAUGAUGUCAUAAACAUCAUCUGAUGUAAUAGACAUCAUCUGACUUCUGGCAUAGUUAUGACAUCGUUGAUGACAUCAGCAAUAACAUUUUUGUUGAUGACAUCAGCAAUUUUUUCAAGGUCUCUUGUCAAAAGAUAUUUUAUUAUUGGACAAAUAAAUCCUUAACUCUAA